AUGAUGGAUCUGAAGGAAUGGUCGUCUUCAGAGCUGAAGGAGAACAAGAAAUGUUGCGCUGAUUGCAAAACGACCAGGACCCCACUGUGGAGAGGAGGACCAGCUGGACCCAAGGCCCAACAACACCCAUUCCUAUUUCAUUUUUCCAUUUCCCCACCGUGUGGGCUAUGGGCUGAAUUAUUGAUUUAUUUAUUUGUUGUUGAUGCAGACGCUGUGCAACGCUUGUGGAAUCAGGUACCGGAAGAGAAGGAGUUGUUCCAGGAAGAGAGAGGAGGUGGUGGUGUUGCAGCAGCGGACAUCAUCCUCUGUUGUGAAGAAACAGAGGUGGAAGAUGUUGGGAGAAGAGGAACAAGCGGCUGUGUGUUUGAUGGCCUUGUCCUGUGGUUUUGCUUUCGCUUGAACUCCAAUCAUUCCUUCACUUACCACAUUCCAGGCUCCAUGAUUUUUUCAUUAUUACAUCUACCUAGAUGUAGAAUACCAAGAUUAACUAAUUAUUGGGGAGAAACCUUCCACAGUUUCAGCACGACUUGUGGAAACAAUUCUAGCAUAAGGCCGAUUGGUUAUAGAAUUUAUGGUCUUCAGGGAGAACAGAGAAAGAAAUGGACAAGACCUAUAACUACAAAUGCAGAAGGCAAGGGGAACAUCAAAUCAAAAAGUAUCAAGCAAAAAAUUUUGAGUGAAACCAUUUUAGCAGGUGCUACAGUAGGUGUAAAUAAAACACAGCUAGAUCAAUUCCAGGAAAAUCAGUAUUGUGACAUACAACAAGAGAUUGCCCAGAAUAAAGACUUGUCUAGCUUAGUUACUGUUAUUGUUUUUGACAUCGAGACCACAGGGCUUAGCAGAGAGAAUGAAAGGAUCAUUGAAAUUGCACUUCGAGAUCUUCAGGGUGGUGAGAACAGCACAUUUCAGACUCUUGUCAACCCUCAAUGCAAAGUUCCUAAUUCACGUAUUCAUGGCAUUACUACUCAGAUGGUCAAUAAACCUGAUGUUCCAAGGAUGGAGGACCUAAUUCCUAUCUUAUUGCAAUAUGUCCGAAGUCGUGAGAAACCUGGGGGACAUGUGUUAUUGGUUGCUCAUAAUGCUCGUUGUUUUGAUGUCCCCUUCAUCAUGAAUGAGUUACGACGUCAUUCUAUGAAGAUGCCUCCUAAUUGGUUGUUUUUAGACUCCCUGGCUUUAGGACGUGAACUACUGAAAUCUGGAGAAACUGAACUUUCUUCAACUUCCCUUGCUGCCCUUCGUGACCUCUACGGAAUUAAAGUGGAUGGAUCAGCUCACAGAGCUAUGGUAGAUGUGAACACAUUGUCCUUGAUUCUUCCUAGGUUGACAUGUGAUCUGAAAUUGACUCUAUCUGAUCUUGUAAAAAAAUCAUUCAAAGAAUCAGAUAUUAUCAACUCCAAGAAGAAGAAGAAUUUAGACUAG